CCUCUCCACAGGCCACACAGCUCAUCUCCCCCUCCACCGCCGCCGGCGCCGCCCAGCUCCCCGUCCCCCGGCCGCGCCCACGAGCAAGCGUGGGCGCCGCUCCGCGAACCGGAGCCCCGUUAGAGCCAACCACCGGCCGCCGCUGACCACUGAGCGCCCCAGCUCCGUCUCCGCCGGCGGCGAUGACCUCCGCGCACUCCAAGCUCUACUCCGAUGACGUCAGCCUCGUGGUGGUGGUCGUCGACACCAACCCCUUCUUCUGGGCCGGCGCCGCGCUCCCCUUCGCCGACUUCUUGUCCCACCUGAUCCACUUCGUGAACUCGCUCCUGCUGCUGAGCAACCUCAACCACGCGGUCAUCAUCGCCGCGGGUGUCAGCUCCUGCGCCUACGUCUUCGACUCGGGCAAUGCUUAUGCCGGAGGCACGGCAGAUGUUGCUGAAACCUUGGGCAAGGCGAGCCGCAAGAUGGAGGAGUUCAUUAAGCAGGAUGCUCGUGAGACUGCCAGCAAUGGCACCGUUGCUGAUGGCGGUGCCGCGUCGCUGUUUUCUGGCGCGCUGUCCCUUGCUCUGUGCUAUAUACAGAGGAUUUUUCGGUCUGGUACUCGGCAUCCACAGCCUCGGAUUUUGUGCCUGCAAGGUUCUCCAGAUGGACCUGAACAAUAUGUGGCAGUGAUGAAUUCAAUAUUUUCGGCACAGCGUUCCAUGGUUCCAAUUGAUACAUGUAUCGUGGGGACACAAGACUCUGCUUUCUUGCAGCAGGCUUCAUAUAUAACAGGGGGAGUUUAUAUGAAGCCCCAAGAACUAAGUGGUCUAUUUCAAUACCUUGCUGCUGUAUUUGCAACGGACUUGCACUCGAGAACUUUUCUGCGCCUCCCUAAGACCCUGGGAGUGGAUUUCCGUGCCUCAUGUUUCUGCCACAAGAAGACUAUUGACAUGGGAUAUGUUUGUUCAGUUUGCUUAUCAAUAUUCUGCAAGUACCAUAAGAAAUGUUCGACCUGUGGGUCAGAAUUCAGCCGUGUCAGCAUGCCGGAUUUGAAUUCCUUGCCAGAUCAAAGGCAGUAGUAGUCUGUAGACAGGGAACUGCCAGACUGCAUACUGGGCCUUUCAGAAUUGAACUUCCUUUGAUGGCUUACAAUAUCUAAUCUCGUACCAUCAUCGUUUUUCUACAAGCUGAAUCGCUGCAAGGAGGGGAUCGCGUGUGUAUAUUCGAAGGGCUGUCAAUGUAUUAACUAGGGAAACUGGAGUGCAAUUUUGUGGACAUUAUCCCGAUUGAGAAAUGCACAUUAGUUUUGGUACUACUUCAUUCUUCUUUGGGAGCUUUGCCCUGAAUGUACCACUUGAAACCUUGCUAAGCUGAUGCAAAACAAUGAUGGAAAUUAGAUCAACUUCUUAAA